GUGGUGACUGAAUCAAAUGAAGUAGAAAUUGACGAAACGGCUGCGUAUGAUCCAAAGCAUGGUCCUCGAGUUGGAAAACGUUCUGCAAAGGUUCUUGUUCUGUCUAAGCAAGGGCCUUCUGAAAGGUAUGGCCUGGUUGUCUUCAGAACUUCCAAUACACUGUUUGUUCUCUGUGCCUACUCGGAUACCCUUGCAAGUGCCGUUGGUCUCCGCUUUGGAGAUGAGAGCAAUGCAAUGUUUGCUUCUGAUUUUCCGAAUCAUUUCUCCGCACUGAACGACUUCAACGUUGUACACUGCAAUUCGCUUUGA